GAAUAACCUGGGGUUGUUUGUGGGUUGGAAACCACACUACUUACUCUGAACAAUCUUCAAUAUUCUAUACUCCAUCUGCUCUUUGAUUAGUUCUCCAUCAUGGGUGUGAUUCGUCUACCACGCCCAACGGGUGUUUAUGUGCCCACUUCUCCCAUUCGCAGCCUUACGACCGAUAUGAUCUCUAGUCCCCUUUCUCCCGACUUUACCUUUGACUCAGAGACUCUUCCUCCUUCAAUUCUUCCCGCCCUCGAGUACAUCUCCUACAAGCUCGAGCAGAAGAUGAUGCAUGCCACGUUACUAGUGGGUCGUGGAAAGCCAUACCCCACCGGCGAACCGUCCGAUCUGAUGGUAAUUCCCAUCGAGGACCUUGACCAACAAACAUGGCGGACCGUCUACCGCGCCGUGGUCAAAGCCGGCAAUAAGUUCUCCCUGGGUCAAAGCUGGACAGACGCCCUGAAUCGCAGCCAAUACGAGCGUCAGGCCAACGAGUACCUGGUUCAACAGUCGAUCAUGCAGAACGAGGUCAUCUUUAGCCGAGAAGGCCUCACGUUGCUCAAUGUAGACCGCAUCUAUACAUUUAAACGUCGGCUGUGCAUCCUUUCCAACCAAGGCAAAAAUCCCGAAGCGUCCUGUGUCACAUCCUGCGUACAGCUCCUACAUCGCACCAUUGGGGAUUUUCAGGGCCGCCCGUUCAGUAAAGCAUUCUUUCACCGCGUUUAUGAACAGCUCGACGUGCGGGACGAACUCCUGACCCACAUCGCCCAAACUUAUAAGAAGCAGUUCGGCCAGGAAGGGAUCAUCUUGCCGCCACGGGCGCGGGCAGAGCACAGCAGCCGGAACUCCCCGAAGCGCACCGUGCGGGCGCGCAUGGAGGCCAAUCCGCCGAGAUAUAGGGCUGCUCCGACAAAACGGGGACCCAAGACCCCACAGUCUGCUUCGGAUGUCACCCCUAUUACGAGGAACGAGUGGAACAUCCUUAAUUCCAACCUGCAGCAGACUAAGCCGACCGUCACCAAAUGGACGCCGUCGCCGACUGUUCUCGCCGCCGCUUGAUCUGGGGAGUGGAGAGCCAUAUGCCAGUCGGCAUCACAUGCUUAACCCUUACUUUUCCUAUCUCCAAGUCGGAAGACUGCUACUGCUUUGUUGCGGCCAGAACAUUCCGAGAUGGUUCGUAUCCGUCCAUCUGCCAAACAUGCCUUGGCCGGUCCCAAGUGGAUCUGGCCCAAGAUAUCGGCGAACCGGCCAACUCGGCCUUA